CAAUUGCACAUUUAUCAGUAUUGAAAACAGUAAAGAAUCAUCCAAUUAAGUUACCUAGAUGAAAGUCUACAUUAACAAACAAUAAAAUCAACGUGUUAUUCACAUUCGGCCUCUCGGUAAAUACACACACACUACAUCGAUCGACCUGUAUUUUUUGUGUUCUACGCUUGGAUUUUACUCCCACGUAAAAAGACCAGAUUUAUGUGAUGGCGGCAGGUUCAAUCUCUGGUGAUGAAUUUGUUAAGUUAGCACAUGAUUUCCUUGUUUUGGCUGAAAAGACAAAGGAUUCGUGGAAAAUGAAAGAAAUACCUGACGAACAGUACUAUCUGUCCAAGAAAGAAGUAAAAAAAGUGUCAAGACAACACAUUGAGGAAAAGCAGACUGAAGAUUUGACUUCAGUAGAUGAGGAAGAUGGAUGUCAACUAGAAUUGAGUUCUACAGAAUGUGUGACGUACGAGUACCAUGUUGUAUACAGCCACAGUUAUAAUGUUCCUGUUUUAUACUUUAAUGUGUAUCACCAGAAUGGAAAAUUAUUAAGUCUUGAUGAAGUUUGGUCUGAUAUCCCAGAAUGCUACAGAGACAGAUUGUUAGAAGAGCGCUGGAGUUUUAUAACACAACAGGAACAUCCUUUACUUGGUCGUCCAUUUUUCAUGCUGCAUCCAUGUCACACUACAGAUUUAAUGGCACAAGUAACAGCAAUACACGAUGAUGGUCACAGAAACUACCUGCUGAGUUGGUUGUGUGCAGUAGGUCCUGUAGUUGGCUUGAAGAUAUCCCCACUCUAUGGAUAUGGACAUGUCAAACCUGGAGAUUAAUAACCUUAGUCAGUUGAUAUAUGAUAUGAGACUCUACAGUGAUUCAGUGUCAAAACAUAAGAAGUGAACGCAUCAUAGAGAAAUUACCCUGAGGUUUCCAAGAAUCUAAAGUUCCAACAUGGUUUGCAGUUCCAGAUAAAAGCAUAUACAUUUUGUAGUACAUUCACAGAAGGCAAAUAUCGAAAGAAAAAAAAAUAUUAUUAGUAACGAGUACACAUCCAAUAUCAUCUAAAUGAUUACAUACAAAUUCUGUAAACAACUUCAUGUUGGAAAAAGCAAACAUCCAUUUAAAUCUUGACUAGUUGAAUAUCUCUGAUAUGUGAAAAACAAGAUAUCAUAACUAACUGGUUUUAAAACAUUUCAAUCAGACAGAACACGAAAUUCAUCAUAUGUCGUAUGAAAUCAUUGAAGUCCUCUGGAACAAUCAAAAUGACCUCUUGUCAGACAAUCUUAAAAGUAAAAGAGAGGAUUUUUGGGGACUAUGACUCAGAGCUGAAACACAUCGGUAUAAAUGGUUUAAAGACCUCUAAGUUUCAGUACAAUCCUUGCCCAACAAUGUCCUUGACUACAUUACAAUUUUUGUUUACCAUCCAGUAUGUCAGAAAGCUCCUUUUUUGUGAUAUUUGUCAGGCAAUUUAAAAAAGCAAGAGCAGACUAAAACGACACUUAAACUUGCACAGCCAACAAACCUUUGAUGGUAAAAAGUGGUUUUAAAUUCACUAGAUCUGACAAUCUUUUAAAUCACAACAGACAGACACACAAAUGUACAGAACCUCUCCAAUACUGCAGUACCAAAACAAACAGUCUGCUGAAUAAUAAAACAAUACUUGUGAACAGAUAACGGAAUGCAUCUGGCUCUGGCCUCAAUGAAAAUCUUUUGGAAAUCAAUCAUACUCCAGUCAGUGUCAAGUCUUGCCCGACAUUGGACUUGAUGUUUAACUCAAGGCUAGCACGGUGAAAAUCACAGACAUGGGAGAUUUAAAAUUUAUCGAUAAAUUCUAAUAGAAUAUUGAAUCUAAUCGGAACAAUUGUGAUAUUCAUUAACUUUGGUAAUGAUGGGUUACCUGACCCACCCAUGGAGAUAAACUGGAAUGCAAUUAUUUAGCGAUACACCUUUACCACCAUGCAAACCAUUUAUUAGUAUAGAAAGGUAGACACCAUGGGCCACAUGAAGGCAGCCAUCUAGGUUUGCACAUAAAUAAGCAAGCAACAACAUUGCUCCGCACCUGUGUACUUGUAAACUUUGGUUUAUUUUGCUUAUUGAUAUUAAUAAAUAUUUAUUUUUA